AAUGUAAAAUACACCAUCUGGCAUAUCGACUGAAAAUAGGGCACCCAUAUAAUUUUCAAACUUAAAAUUACAAAGUGUUGUGUCAGAUGUGCCAUAUGACCUAUUAUUAGGUGCAAUCUACUAGCAAAAACCGUGAAACUUUGGUUGACAAGAGAUAGCGUGCGACCACAAGUUAAGAAAAGAGGAAGUGGAAGCACAAGUGUUGGGUCAAAAAGGUUGUGUCAGAUGGACCAGAUGGCCAAAAAGAUGAAAUGCAAUAUACACGCCUCAGUAAAUUAAAGUUAAUCCCAAUGAUUUAAUAAAUCAAGGUUUACAAAAGGAAACCGGCAAAGAGACGAAGGAGGAGCAAACGGGAAGAUGGCAGAAAUGCUCACAUAAGCAAAGAAGAGCUCAUCAGAACUACAACAGUAAUGAUCGAAAUGAUUAAGGACCAAGAACGGACGAAUAAGAUGUUAAUUAAAUUAAUACGAGAAAUGGAGAGGGCCGCAACUGAACCCGAUAAAGGGGCAAAUUUAAGAAAUAUGAUGGAAGAGGUUGAAUCUUUAAUCAUUUAAUGAUUCAGCGCCGUCCAAAUAUGUGUGUGAUUUUUCAUGUGUUUUGUGACCUGUAUCACGCUGGACUCGCGUGCAGGCAGAAAGAGGUACCAGGUGGUUUUGUAACACCGUGCCUGAGCAACUUUUUCUUUCUUUAACAAUGUAUAGAGAAAUAAAGGCCACCUACUGUAUAGGGUGGCCACAGAUAUUAGUAUAUGUUUUCCUUAUUAGAGAGAAAAGGUAACGAAUCUGUUCUAGAAGGAAUUGAGUUGAUUUUUCUUUUUAUAUGAUAGUAACUUGUGUGUUUUGUGAUUGCUUCAUGUCAUGAACUUUUGCUUGCUUAAGAAAGGAAGUCUGGGCAUAACUAAAGAGAGAAGUGAACAGAUUUGUGUCCGAAUAAGGAAAGAGGCUGAAAGUCCCCUGGUGUCAUCAUGGGGGGUUUGAGCACUAUAAAUGUGGGAGGCACAGUUAGAUCUGGGCCGUUCCUCGUGGUGAAGACUACUCGUAUUUUUAUUUCUGUUGCUGAUAUUGUUUGUUAUGAAAAACUUUGUUCAUUAAACCGAAGCCAUCUGUCUAUGGCGAUUCGUAAACUUUCUUUUAAAUAAGUCUCUGAGUGAGUUUAUUUAUUGAAACGAGAUAGUUUGUUUUUUGGACAAAUCAUAGACCAGCGCCUCAGAGCCGGAUCCAGCUGAGCCCGGCCCGGACACAGCCCAAGGUUACUGAAUACCUAAUAACGCACUCAAUUGAGAGGCAAAUUCAGGCUGGAGGUAAAACGCGACAAAGGUCAUGGAUCUCAGCCAAUAAGGCAAAAGAUGAACAGGACUUUGUACCUAAAUCCUUCAGUGCUAGGCUAUGGUUAGUCAUUGUGAUCACUGAUUGUAUUUAUUGACACACUUCCCCUCCAUCUCAGCUGAAGUGCCUACUCACAUUGAAGGGGAAAGAAGCAAAUAGAUUACUGCAAGACCUGCACUCUUUAGUGAUGUUUAAAACUGGUGGCGUGAAGAUGAAAUUGAAAUUGGCUGUGUUUUUGGGGCACUUCAUGGUCGCCUUUGCAUCUGUUGGAGAAAAGACACAGCCUGGAAAAUCUGGUUGGACUGGUAAACUCUUAGUGGUUCCCAUGGACGGAAGUCACUGGACUGGCGUCAAGGCUGUUGCAGAGGAGAUGGGCCGCAGGGGCCACAAAGUGACGGUGGUCAUUCCAGAGGUCAGUAUACGACUUGGACCCGGAAAACACUACACUACCAAAAUGUUCCCGGUUCCAUAUGGACAGGAAGAACUGAAGCAGCUCCAAGCCCGGAAUGCUGCUGUGAGCAAAGAGCUACCUUUCAUGGAGAAGAUCACCACCAGAAUCAGUAACAUGAUGAGCUUUGUGGAUUUCCUAAGAGUCACAGCUGAGAGUCUCCUGUUUAACAAAGAGCUGGUCGAUUACCUGAGAAAGCAGAACUUUGAUGCCGUUCUCACCAGCCCAGCUGUGCCAACUGGUGCCAUACUGGCUUAUAAUCUCUCUUUACCCGCCGUGUAUAUGCUACGAGGCCUACCCUGCGGACUAGACUCGACCGCCACGGCCUGUCCAGAACCUCUUUCUUACGUCCCACGGUUCUUUACAAAAAGCUCAGACCGGAUGUCUUUCCGCCAACGUGUGCUAAACGCCUUAGUUAGCAUUGUGGAACCUGUGCUUUGCAAAGUGACAUACUGGUCUAGUGAGAACGUGGCAUCUCGUUUCCUACAGAGAGAUGUGAGUAUCACAGAGAUCCUGCGCAGUGGUGCAAUAUGGCUAAUGCGGUAUGAUUUCACCCUGGAGUUUCCUAAACCAAUGAUGCCCAACACGGUCCUAAUAGGGGGAAUUAACUGUGCAGUGAAAAGCUCUCUAACUAAGAUAAUUGGAAAGCCUGAAAAUAGCUCUGUUAGGGAAAAACUGCUGAAUCAUGCGUUGCAGGAGGUGGAGGAGUUUGUGGAGGGUUCAGGAGAAGAUGGGUUUGUGGUGUUCACCCUUGGUUCCCUCAUCGCCUCUAUGCCAAAAGAAAAAGCGGAGAUCUUCUUCAAUGCUUUCAGUAUGAUCCCACAGAGGGUUCUUUGGCGGUACACGGGCGAGAUCCCUGAGAACGUACCGAAAAAUGUCAAGCUUAUGAAGUGGCUUCCACAGAACGACUUACUUGGUCAUCCUAAAGCAAAAGCCUUCAUCACUCAUGGUGGAACGCAUGGUAUCUAUGAGGGCAUCUGUAAUGGGGUUCCCAUGGUGAUGCUUCCACUUUUUGGUGACCAGAAUGACAACGUGCACCGCGUUGCGUCUCGAGGAGUCGGAGUGAUCCUCGACAUCCACGAAAUCACCUCGGAAGCACUGGUCGAUGCCCUCAACACAGUUAUUACCAACAGCAGCUAUAACGAAAAAAUGAAGAAACUGUCGGCUAUACACAACGACCGGCCCAUACAGCCCCUGGACCUCGCAGUCCACUGGACAGAGUUUGUUAUGAGACACAAGGGUGCGGAUCACCUGAGACCUGCUGCUCAUGACCUGAACUGGUUGCAGUAUCACAGUCUGGAUGUGAUUGGCUUCCUGCUCUGUGUCGUGCUGAUUGUAACCAUAGUGUCAUUUAAAUGCUGUGCCAUGUGCUGUAGAAAGUGUUUCAGGAAAACCCAGAAGAGGAAGGCAGAUUAAUCAUAUAGAUAUGAAAACUUAAAUACUGGUGCUUAUAAAGUUUUCAAGUUUUUUUUUUAGAAAAGUGCUAAAGAUGUGAGAAUAAAACUUGAUUUCCAGUAUUUGAGCCAGCCAUCUUCUAACGUUACAGGGAUCGCAUUUCACUAUUGUCAAGCAGUUUCACUGAACACACCAGUGUGGAUAAAUAAAGCUUUGUUGUUAGCGUCAAAUGCUUUCAGUAAGAAGAAGAAUAACAAAAAGCUGUGAAGGAGAACACAACUGUAUUGAUUUUUAUUAUUUUUAAAGUUUUCUUAUUCUCAAUGUUUUAUGUUUUUGAUUUUCGAAUUUAAGUGUAGUGCAAGCCAUAUGUUAAGUAAUGAUGAUUUAUCUGCUUUCCAUACUCACACACUACAACCACUGUACUGUAUGUGGGACCAAAUCUGUAAAACACAGCUCUGGAUUGCCAAAACCCUUUGCACGGUAAAGUUGAGGAAGAUUUUAUUGGCAACACUGAGGUCAAUGGCAAAAUGGUUGCUGUUGAGCAACAGGAAUGGGUUUAGUCCUUUAAAUGCGAGCUCCAAUUGAAACCUUGAAUUGUCUUUAAUGGAAAGGGAAACAAGCUCAUUCAGUUUUAAGCUAUUUCUGCAGUAAAUUCAAUGCACUGAUUUUUUACAUCUUUCCCUCGGCACUGAACUUUUCUCCAAUGCAUAAUAAUAUUUUGCUUAAUGAUCACAAUGAAUUAACUUUUGAAAGAAAACGUUUUUUAGCUUCUUACAAUGUUAAAAAUUACACUUGUUGAACUGGAAAAAGGAAUAAACUGUAAAAUGUUUGAUUAAAAACCACAGAAAUACAAA